CUCCACAGGUACACAUGCGACUUUGAGAUUUUUGGCUCAAUUGGAAGCAAAACCUCCAAUCCGACGACCUUCACGAAAAAUUAACGUGGGGGGCCUCAAUGCGGUGACGACACAACGACUGAUUGAAAACGACGACAUAAUACGAGAGGGUCUCGCAACAUGGCCUCCAUAUCGCUACGGAGCCUCGUGAGGCCCUCCAUCCCAGUUGCGCCUCGCAUCCAGCCCAUCAUCGCCGCGGCCUUCUCCUCCACCAGCCUCCUCUCCGCCGCCGCUCCGCCCGCCAUCAAGAGCCGCAAGGACCUCCCGAAGAAGACGAAGAAGACGUACAAGAAGAAGCAGAACAUUGUGCCCGUCAAGAAGCCCGGCCCGGGCGAGCGCAAGGCCUUCCGCAAGCGGAUCCAGCUGAGCAACAACAGCGCGCUGCCGGUGGCCGGGCUCGACGCGCUGGAGGCGCAGACCAUGAGCCGGGCGGAGAGCGCCGGCAGGAUGUACGCGGUGCCGGACGAGGUCGUGGACCAGCUGAGGGCGCUGGAGGCGUUCAAGGCGACGCAGACGUGGAACCUGUUCCGGAAGCCGCACGUGCUCGUCCGCAAGGAGACGGUCGAGCUGAUGGGCAGGCUGGAGGCUUCGGUGGAGAAGAAGGAGGCGUUCAAGUGCGUGCUCACGGGGAGCCGGCUUUCGGGCAAGAGCUUGAUGCUGUUGCAGGCCAUGUCGUAUGCGCUGCUGAACGAGUGGGUGGUGAUUCACAUCCCGGAGGGUCAAGAUCUUACCAACGGCAACACAGAGUACUCUCCCGUCCCUGACACGGAGCCCAUGCAGUUCACCCAGCCCGUCUACUGCCUGAAGCUGCUCCAGAACAUCUACAAGGCCAACAGGGCCGUGCUGGAGAAGACGCUCCUGAAGAAGGACUGGUCCCGCCUGUCGGCGACGCUCAAGCCGGGCUCCUCCACGCUGGCCGACCUCGCCCUCAGCGCAAAGGAGAGCGAGUUCGCCUGGCCCACGCUGUCGGCGCUGUGGACGGAGCUGACGCAGGAGGGCCAGCCCCCCGUGCUCUUGGCCCUCGACGGCCUCGCCCACAUCAACAAGGUCAGCGCGUACCGCGACCCGGCCUUCAACCCCGUGCACGCGCACGAGCUGCUCCUCGUGCGCACCUUUGUCGACGCGCUGUCCGGCAAGACGGCGCUCCCCAACGGCGGCGCCGUGAUCGCCGCCACGUCGGAGAACAACACUCACUACCACCCCUCGCAGGAGCUCGCCCUGUCGCAGCUGGAGGCCGGCCAGGCGGGCAAGCCGGUGCCGAAGCCUGAUCCCUAUGAGCGCAAGUACGACGACAGGGUGUACGACGCGCUCAAGAACAGCACCGUGAUGCGUCUCGAGGGCGUGUCCAAGGACGAGGCGAGGGUGUUGAUGGAGUACUGGGGCGCGAGCGGGAUGCUGCGCAGCGUGCUUGAUUCGAGGGUCGUGGCGGAGAAGUGGGCUUUGGGAGGGCAUGGCAUUGUGGGCGAGAUGGAGAGGGCUUCGCUCAUGACGAUGAGGAUGUGAGG